AUGUUCAGCCUGUCAGAGCUGGCCUCUCUGAGUGAGCGUCAGGGCAGCUCCAAGCUGCUGAAGCCCUGGUGGGAGGUAUUCAUGGAGUACCUGGUGGUGCUGAUGCUCAUGGUAUCUGUGUUGUCAGGCACCCUGUUGCUAUCUCGCGACAGGGUGGUGUGUCUCCCCCUGGACCUCACUACCACCCCCACUAACCAGAACCCCUCCUCCAGCAGUGGUGCCGUACCUCAACCCCACCCCCCUAACAGGCCCCCCACUAAAGCAUCCCCCCUACCAGCCAACCCUUGGACCCCUGCUAGGGGCAGACGCACCCACCUGGACUACCAGCAGUAUGUCUACAUUAGCCAGGUGUGCUACCACGAGGCCCUGCCCUGGUACUCCCGCUUCUUCCCCUAUGUGGCUCUACUCCAGUCCCUGGUGCUAUUGGCCAGCGGUUGCUUCUGGUUCCACUUCCCCCUCACCUCCGCCCGCAUAGAGCACUUCCUGAUCAUCCUGGCCAAGUGCUGUGAGUCUCCCUGGACCUCCCGCGCCCUGUCCCAUGCCGCCCGCCAGGAGGAGGGAGGGGAGGAGACAGGCCCCCAGGAUCUCCAAAUGCCUCCUCCUACUCUCCUGUCUUCACUCUCCGUAUCCCGCAACCGCCAGUCCAGCCUGGACUCGGGCACAGACAGCCCCCUGCUGGUGUACUUGGCCCAGACAGUGUUCAAGCUGCUGCUGGUGGUGCUGAUAGUGGGCUACACCACUCCUCUGAUGAGCUCCAUCUCGUUCACCCACACCUGCCUCCCCCAGGCCCAUGCCCUGACUGGCUACAGUGCCUUUGAGUGUACCCAUGCCCUGGCCUCUGUCCUCCACAAGUUGCUGCUGGCCUACAUCAGCCUGGUGGGGCUCUUUGGCCUGCUGAGCAUCUACACCCUCAGCUGGAUCCUCCACAGCUCCCUGCGUCAAUACUCCUUUAACAAACUGAGGGAGCUGGGCUCCAUGAGGGAUGUCCCUGACUUAUGUAAUGAUCUGGCCUUCCUGUUACACAUGGCUGACCAGUACGACCCCCUGCUGGCCCAGCGCCUUUCCGUCUUCCUGUCACCCGUCAGCGAGACACGCCUGCUGGAGGAGAGCCUGGAGAGACGCUGGGGUGCCGAUAGGCUGCGCUCCAUGACCACGGUCGACCCAGAGGGACGGCCCCUGCUGCAGCUGGUGGCCCUGCCGCGCCUGCCCCCCGCCCUCUUCACCCUCAGCCAGCUGGUGGUGCUCAAGCUGGAGCUCAUCACGGACGCCAAGCUCCCCGCACAGGUGGCCAACAUGACCUCACUCAGGGAGCUUCAUUUGUACCACUGUACUGCAGCCAUGCAGCCUGGUUCCCUGGUGGUUCUGCAGGAGCGUCUGGAGGCCCUGCACCUCACCUUCACCCAGGCUGCAGAGAUCCCUGGCUGGGUCUACUCUCUCCGCGGCCUGCAGGAGCUGCACCUUUCUGGCCGGCUGGGCUGCGAGGGCGGGGUGGGCCGUGGCUGGGCCCUGGGAAGCCUUAGGCAGCUCCGUCACCUCCGGGUGCUGGUCCUGAGGGGCAUGCUGCAGCAUGUGCCCGGGGAGCUGGGGGAGGUGGCAGGGAGCCUGGUGAAGCUGGAGAUCCACAACGAGGGCUCCAGGUUGCUGGUGCUGACGGGCCUACGGCGUGUGGCCGGCCUGACCGAGCUGCAGCUGCAGGACUGCCGCCUGGAGCGCCUGCCCUCUGCCCUGCUGGCCCUCACCAGCCUGCGCACCCUGGACCUGCAGCACAACAGCCUGCGCACCCUGGAGGAGCUCCUAGGGCUGGCACACCUCCGCCACCUCUCCUGCCUCAGGCUGGCCCAUAACCGUGUUCUGGCCCUACCGGCUAGUGUUGGUGUACUGCGUGCUCUGGAGCUCCUGGACCUGGGGUACAACCAGCUCCAGAGCCUUCCCCCGGCCCUCUUCAACCUCCACCACCUACGUCGCCUCCUACUGGCUGGAAACCUGCUGGACGAGCUGCCAGCAGAGGUAGGGGCGCUGACAUUUCUCACCGAGCUGGACCUGAGUGGGAACAGGCUGGAGAGCCUGCCUCCAGAGCUCUUCAGUCGCUGUUUGGAGCUGCGGAGCCUGAAUGUAUCCCACAACUCCCUGGGUUCCCUGCCUCCAGGGCUGAGCAACCUGAGCCAGCUGUCCUGCCUGGACCUGCGCAGCAACAGUCUGGAAGAGCUGCCCAUGGAGCUGGGCUGCUGUUCAGGACUGCAUAGAGAAGGUCUGCUGGUGGAGGACUGGCUGCUCCAUGCACUGCCACGACAUGUGAAGGAGUUCCUAACCCAGUCUGGCUCUCAUACCGGCAAAUCCUUAGAAUCACACUCCCGUCCAGACUCAGAUAGCUUCCCCUACUUCUCGGCUACCCAGUGGAGUUUCUCCUCCACUCUGGAAUCACGGAUAUAG